AUGUCGCAACAAGAAGAUUCUUUAUCAUCCAUAACCAUAACAACAGAAGAAUCACAAAAUCAACCAACAACCACGACACCAUCGCUUUCCACGCAAACCGCCACGACUGCUAGCUCCGAGAGCAUUAGUGAAGAAGAAUAUUUGGAAAAAUUACAUGAAAAGUAUAGCCAAACACCCAAGUCAGAACUGAGCAUUUCUUCAUUCUCUACAUUUGGAGCAAUGACCUUUUUCCAUGAUGCUGUUGGUAGUGGAGACAAUGUGUUGACUCCAAAAGAGACUCCAUCAAUUGUCAAUACAUCAAAAUGUGAUAAUAAUGAUUCAAGAAAUACUGAUGAUUUUGUGGAUUUGGAAUAUGAAAAUAGUACAAAAGAUGGCAAUUCGUCCAUGUUAAGCUCAUUACAAGAUAUUGAUGCCGAAAAAGAUUUACUAGAAGUGGACAUGACAGAUUCCAUUAAAGAUGGCAACACAACAACAGAGAAAGUGAAUAACACUACGGUAAAUAGUUUAUACGACCCGUCUCCAAUUAAAAAGUGUCCACCUCCAUUCAACAAGUCGAGUACUGAAGUAGAUGUUGAACGGGUGGAGCUGGCUAAAUUCCACUUACCACCAAUACCUUUAUCCAAGAAAAAGCUCACAAUUGAAGUACAUCCAUUACGACAACAAUUAGCCACGAUAACACCUCCUUCGGUGUUAAAACUCAUUCAGCAACAGUACAAUAUUUAUCACCACAAUACUGUGCAUUUAUCAUUAUCAAAUAAGAAUCAAAAAGUUGUUGUACCAAUGAUCAAUUCUAAUGUGACUGUCUUAGCUAGAUCUGCAUCCUUGGAUUCAUCUAUGACCUCUUUAUUUCACGACAAGAUCAAUGUUAGAGUUUUUCAAAAUGUUAGCAACGUGGGAACAGAUGACUUGUACUUGUCCACACAAAACGGAAUGCAAAGAAUUACACCUCUUGAGCUUGAUGAGAAUAAUCCCACUCUCUGUUUGAGAUCCUUAGAGGAUAUUCUUUUUUUCACAACCGUUUUGCCCUUAUCCAAUUUCUCAGUGGAAGAAAUUAAAAUAACAAAUGAAACCCUUGGUGCUGAAACAAUCUAUUACAAAGUGAAAGCAAAUGAUUCCAAAGAAACUCAAAUCAUUCUCUUCACAACAGAUACUCAUUUGGAAAUUUCACUCAAUGGAAAUGAUGAAUUUAUUGUAGAAGAUUUAAGUCGAGUCGUUGCGUUCCAUGAAACACUAACUAUUCAAUCAUUCAAAGAAUUUUAUCUUGUCAAAGGGAGUGGUUCCUUGUGGCUGCGUGUGGAGCGUACAAUCAAUUAA